AUGGCCCUCGACGCUUCCGACUUCUGCAAGAUUAUCCUUGCCAUCAUCAUUCCCCCGCUCGGUGUUUACCUCGAGCGCGGCUGGGGCUCCGACCUCGCCAUCAACUGCGUGCUGACUCUGCUGGGAUACCUGCCGGGUAUCAUCCACGCGCUGUACAUCAUCCUGAAGGAUUGA